UACCAUUAGUUAGUCUGAAUGUGGCUUGCACGAAGCACGGUUCGCGUUUGAAGGCGUCGGUGUCGUUGCGUUGCGUUGCGCCGUUGACUAACCCGUUUACUACUAGAUCGAUUGCCGAAACCUUCGCCGUACAUCAGAAAUUGAGUUAGAUAAUCUCGGUGUUAGUGUGAAUCAGAGUGAAACCACAUUUCACAGACGGAAAACAUAAAGUUUCGCAUAUCAGCUGCCAAAAAGUGGGAAAUCCCGGGAAAAAAGUUGUCGUAUGUUCGAGCCUCGACCUGGAAGGAUUCGUAGUGUCAGUAGAAUCGUAGCACCAGCUAUGGACUGGUUCUGUACACUCUGAAUCGGCUGCGAAGUCUGUUGAAACAGAAGGUCAAAUUCCACUACAGGAAUGUAAUACCAAGGCUUUGAUUGAAACUAAACUGACUGAGCGAUGGCAUUCGACCUAGGAUAUGACCUUGAUGAAGCGCUGAAGCGAGAAGACCUGUGCGUAGAUGAUCUGCAGUUACUGCGAACGCCACCCAUCGAGGGUGUUCCGUUGAAUAUGACUGAUAAGCAGCUGGCCUGUUUUCUGGAUGCGUGCAAAAAAAACGUUGAACAAGCGCGAAAAGUUAUCAAAAUUUACUACGAUGCCCGACGGGACGCACCGGAGUUGUUUGAUGAACGAGAUCCUCUAAGUCCUAAGAUUCAGCAGUGUUUUGAAAACCAAGAUUACUUCCCACUUCCGCCAACACCCUCGGGCUAUUCCAUAGUUUACCACCGAUUGAAUAAUCCAAAGGCUUCAAAUUAUAAUUUUGACAAUGCAGUUAAGACAUACUUCAUGCUGUUAGAUUCGUGUUUGUACACACAAGGACCAAGGCCUGGCUUGAUAUGUCUUUUCGACAUGAGCAAUGUAGGAUUGACACAUUUGCUACGAGCUAAAAUCAGUACGGUACGAAAGUUUUUCCACUACUUGCAAGAAGGGUUACCCGCGAAGCUGAAAGCUAUCCAUGUGUUGAAUGCUGUUUCCUUCUUCGACAAAGUUCUGUACAUUAUCAAACCAUUUAUCCAUGCCGAAAUACUGAAAAUGCUUUUUCUACAUCCUUCUAACGCCAAUUUAACACAGUUUUACGAUGAGUGGAUUCCUCGCAGCUGUCUGCCCUCGGACUACGGUGGAGAGCUGAAAUCUGUUGCAGAAUUGCACCAAGAGCACGUCGAAAAGUUCCGAUCGCUUCGUCCCUACUAUCUUGCUGAAGAGAACCAGCGGAACGGAAGCUCGGAGUUGAUAGAAGAAACGAAAGCCAAAAUGAAAUCACUGGAAAUAGAUUAGCAUUUUAUGUCGCUCACGGCUAAUUCAGAUUUCGAUCUGAUAGCUGUUGCAAUUAAAGCAUCCCGUUUAUCAGAUGACUUUGCGAGACAAAAUCAAAUCUGUUUGCUCUAAAAUUGAACAAUUUUUGUGAUAUUAAAUGGUAGCCAUUUUUCUAUACUGAGAGAAUUUGGGUAUGAAAUUUACUUCAUACAUGUAUAUUGUACAAUAAUUUACAUAAAAUCGAUGGCUAGUUCGCUAGUAGGUUGGAAAUAUGGUAGCGAAUAAGUAUUGGGUUCCGGGAUAGAAACGAAAAUAAAAUCGAAAUAACCAUA